UGAUUGGCUACAAACAUUCUAAGGUCAGAUGUUGCGUUUAAGGUGGCUAAGCAAAAUCGAACACGUGUUCACCUUAACUAAGAAUCUUUUUAUAUAGGGAAUUUAAUAUAGGGCAAUUGAUAAUUGCAAUUUUCUUUUGUAUGAUUCGAUCGAGAAAACUUACUUUUGAUUCUGGUAAGAAUUUUUUACAAGAAGUUUUUACAGUAUGCUCCAGACUUUAAAUUUUUUUUCCUGCACGGGGAGCGCGUCUAACGAACUUUUCAUGAGAAAUCGUGCACGGAAUUCGUAGCAAAAUCUUUCGAAGAGAUCUUGUACUUUGUAUUUUCUCGUAAUUAGAAGUCAGAUCAGAAGUUCAAAUAGUAAAAUAUUCGCGGAGAACCUGACCAGAAAAAAAAUUAUUCCGCGCAUUCUCUGCGGCAGAUUCAUAAUAAUGCGCGGGCGGGAUUAAGAACGAAAAAUAUUGUACGGGGAACCAGUUCCUGCGAUCUUUAUUGUUGCGAUAUUUUACAUUUUAAAGUAGAUUUCAUCAUCUAUCCUACAUCAUUAAUAACUGUUAUACUAUUUUGAGUUCAGCCCUUUUCUCCUUAUUUCUAUACCUUAGACAAAGCUACUUAAUGAAAAUCAUAAUAAGAAUUGUUUUGAAUUCGUUGUCGUGUUUCUAAGCAUUAGAUGUAUAAAUUAUCAUACAUUAUCGUAAUAAUGCAUUCUAAAUUAGUAUCGAUUUUUUUAUCUAAAAGUAAAGCUGAUGUGCUGUAGGAACAAAUCGUCCUACUAUGCAUUAUUUCAUUGACGUAUAUUGUCAUUAAAUGGCAUAAAUUAACAUACAUUUAACCUUUUAAAGUCCUGAAGUAUCGUUACUUACAGGUGUUCAGAUGCAGCCUUACAGUCUGCCUUGCGCAUUUUGCUUUAACCAUUGGUUUUCAGAAUUAUUCGCUUGCAUUUGCAUACAUUGUAAACAACACAAGAUCCAACUUACUUAGAUAUGAAACUGUUCUUUACUGAGGCAUGUUGCAUAAUUAACAUUACUCUCAUAUAUUUUCAUAUAUCUUCAUAAUUGUCGCAUAUACUCAAGCGUAUUAGUGAACUCAAUCAGCAUCAUAACCAACAUGAAUUAUCAUACUCAAAGUUUCUUUGAAUAAUCAUCAUAGUCAGAAUAUUAAUCCUUUGUAAUGAGAUGUCGGGCCCAUGUUUAAUGACUGCAUGACCCUUGGGUGGCUCGAAUUCCAGACUGUGAGUAUCUUUUCAAACAAUAUUUGCGAUGGCAUAACUUGUUUCUGUGCUUCGCGAGCGCGCAGCUGUGCUGAAAUGAUGAUUCAAUUUUCUACUCAUCUUCAAAGAUAAAGGAUUUGAAAGGAGAUUGUGGCGAAUCAAAUCGUCUGUUCAUCAGGCCGAUUCAAAUUGUUAGCUAUUUACGAAUCUUUAUCUCGAGGAUGCAUCGGGAAAAUCAAUUUAUAAAUUAAUAUGUUUAGACAUAUUUAGACUCUAUGUGAUGUCUGGUCUGUUUAAAAUAUACGAAAUUGGCUGUCAUAACACUGUGUGACGUCAUCAAAUAUUGAAUUGCUUCAAGUUAACUGGUGCAAGCCUGUUUAGAUCGGUGAAAGAGAAGCAUUAGGAAGGACGCUGCCAACAUAGAACCAGGUAUUUAAUACUCUCGUGCGCUGUGUUUUCUGUUCUUGUUUUGGUUUAAGAGGAGCCACUCGUUUCGACAAGAAUUAUGAAGAGAGGGUAAUAUUGUUUCGUGUAUCGCUUCUUGUCGUCUGCCAAGAGCGUGCCUGCGUAUUUGGUAGGAAAUACAAUGCAAGAGUAAGCAAACGAAAUAUUGAGAAAUAACUUGAAUUUUUCUUUGGCUUAUAAAGAUGUUUAUUGCUGAUCCUUAUCUGGGCUGGUUAUGAAAAGUCUUGGAAGUUAUUUGGGUCCUGCAUCUCUAUUUUGAUCGGAGAUUCUGCGUCUCGACCACGAAGGAAUAAAGUUUGAUAUCUAGCCAUGCUCUUUGCAACAUUCAUCGUUUUGUGCCUUGGAAUUAUUGGGUACUUCCCGCCGCAGACAGGCUGUUCGAUGCACCGAACAAUUGUAAACAGAACUUCUGGCGGAUGGGGAGUUUGCAGCGAUGGCUCAACGCCAAUUUAUUACAUCAGCAGGAACAACUCUACCAAAUGGGUCAUAUUUUUAGAAAGCGGUGGAGGAUGCUUUGAUUAUGCUUCCUGCUUAAACAGGAAGAAUCAAGAGCCUUAUUUGUACGGUACAGGGUUAUAUCCAAGAGAAAUUGUUGGAGAAGAUAUUUUGUCGUCUUCAGAUCAAAACAACUUGUUUUAUCGCUAUAAUAAAGUCUUAGUACCGUAUUGUAGUAAUGAUCUUUGGCUUGGCAACAAAACUAUUAUUUUUCGCAACGCGCAAGGGAGAACGCUGCCAGUAUCAUUUCACGGUGAAGCGAUUUUUCGCGCGAUUAUCGAUGAUUUGAAUCCUUAUGGUUUGAUAAACGCCACUGAAAUCUGGCUCGCUGGAAGUAGCGCUGGCGGCAUCGGCGUUUUGAAUCACGCGAAAUUCGUCAGAAGAAAAUACAGGGCAAAAAUAUACGCUUUAACUGAUUCGUCCUGGUUUGUUAAUUAUCAAAACAUGCUAGCUAAUGAAGGUUUGAAAAAGCUUAUUUCUGAAGUAAGCACAGUGCCAGGAUGUUCGGAUACGAGUUUACACUAUCCGUGCUGUUUGUCGAUUUUCUGCAUGGUUUCAAAGCGGUUUUUCCCGCGCGACGUACAACUAUUCAAUAUUAUGAGUCGUUACGACAUAUACAGUUUGUCGAAAGGAAUUAUUCUUUCGGGGAAGUUAACAAGCUUUGACAAAACAAGCAAAAUCCUUUCGGACAUGCUUGCUUUUGGCGGAGAAAUCUCCCAUUCAUUACGAGUAACCAGCUCAAUCUCAAACAUCCACUCCAUAAUAGUCUCUUGCUUCCAACAUACAUUUUUUGCUACGAGCUCUUUGUGGUCUCCCGGCGGCCUUUUCAAUUCGCGCUCUGAGACAUCAUUCAAAUUCCCCUUGUUUGUUUUUCGUCAUAUUGUGAAAAAAGGAAGAUGGAACAAAGUGGCCGUCAAAGGGAAAACCAUUAACAAAAUACUUCAGAAUUGGUAUGAGGCCUCCAUUGUUUCCAACGUGCAACCAACACGCAAUGGGAGUGACUUAUCGAGAAAAGAACCCACUGUGUUAUCGGACUCGUGUCGUCGUGUUCAGUGUAACCCCACAUGCCCGAAAUCAAUCGAAUUUUAUUCCGAAGUAAGCCCCUGGCCUAAAUGGGCCGAAUGGCUGCUUCUUAUAUUGUAUCUUAUACUCACUCUCAUUUGCGUAACAGUAAAAGUAUUUUGGGUGGUACAAAGAAUAAGAGAAACUCGUAUCCAAAACCAGUUCAUUGACUCGUUGUAUAAUAACACUAAUACGUUAAAAGCAGUUGGGUUGCCUUGCUGUAUCCCGUCUAACUAUAUUGGUCUCUCUUGCAUGGAUGUUGAGUAUUCGGUGACUGCAGGGGGACACAAACGACAAGUGAACGAUGGGAGAAAUCGAUGGCAGAAAUUGAGCUUGAGAAUCAGGGGUAAGGGUGGCACAGAUGCAGGGAAAAAGCAGAUAUUAAAAGGGAUAAAUGCAUACUUCAACCCCGGACAACUGGUUGCUAUCAUGGGUCCAUCGGGAAGUGGGAAAACUACAUUGCUGGAUAUUUUAACGGGAAGAAAAGAUUCAAAGGAGUCGAAAGUUUUUAUAAAUGGCCUGAACAACAGCGAAACACGAGAUUGGUUUAAGAGUAACAGUGGUUAUGUAAUGCAGUUAGCUACUCCGUACUACGAAGAGCUGACUGUUAGGGAGAACUUGACCUUCAGUGCCUUGAUGAGACUGCCAAAGACAAUGUCAAUCAAAAACAAACUGAUGAGAGUAGAACAGGUGAUAGGACAGACUGGGCUGAAUGACUACGCGGAUGUUGUCGUUGGGAGCGCUGUGGGGCCUGGGCUGAGCGGAGGGCAGAAACGCCGUCUUUGCGUGGCAGUUCAGCUUUUGCGUGUUCCCAGCAUUCUCUUCUUGGAUGAGCCUACAUCAGGCUUAGACUCGGCAUCUUCACUUGAGCUUCUUGAAACCUUGCAUGGUCUUACCCUCUCGGGCAGACUUGUGAUCCUAACAAUCCAUCAGCCCAGGAUUGAAAUAUUCCACAUGUUUGACCGGAUUUUGUUCCUGUGUGGGGGUCAUGUUGCCUAUUACGGCUCACCGAUUAUGGCGCCAACAAUGAUUGCUGAGGCAUUGCAGAGUUCAGGAGAGGUUUUAGACGCCUCCAAUCCUGCGGACACCAUAAUGGACGUCUUAGUCUUUAAGAAAUCACAAGAAAUGAUUGUGGAGCAUUACCAGGAAAGCGGCGAAGUCGAGGCUAUCAAAAAAGCCGUGCAAAAAGCAACGAAGAAUCCGGUUAAAACUUUGAGCAUGAAAAUAAAAAGGUACUCUUCAAGCCUCUCCGACCGACUGCUUGCAUUUGACUGCCGUUCUUCCAAAUGUCAGACGAUAGCACAGAAGCUCUACUUGCUCAUUAUUUUCCUGCUGUAUGGCCUUGCUUUAGGUAGUGUGUACUGGCAAACAGACAGCGGCAUUCUUCUGAUGAGCUGCUAUCAAGUGUUUUUGUGUGCAAGCCAGCUAUUCAUGGCGUCGGUCAUACAUACACAUUUAGGUAAAGCCUUUCCUCUAUUCGCCCUUGAGCAAGCGGAAGGAGUUGGAAAUUCGCGCGAACUUGUUCUCCAUACUUUCAUUCGCAUUGCGGCAGUUACUGUCUUGCCCCUGUUUCUCAGCUGCACGAUAAUCUACCUUUGUACCGUUGUUGAGCUCGACUUCUGGAAGUUUUUCGUCACCACUCUGAUACACCUUCAACUAAACCACGUGUGGAUCGCAAUCAUUAUGCUGUCAGCAAGCGCCAUCCCUCGAUAUUCCACCCUCAUUUGCCCGAUGCUAUCAGCUGUAUCUGGCUUCGCUGGUGGAUUUCUCGUCCCUGAACCAGAAAUGCCUGCCUUUUACUAUUGGCUGUUCUAUGUAAACCCAACUCACUGGGCCUACAGCGCCACAAUGAAGGUGCUCAUCAAUGACGUCAUAUUCGACUGCAGCAGUCAAUCAAAGCUUGAGUGUCAAUCAAACAUGGGAAUAGCAGUUUUGCAACAAUUUGGCUUUGAGAAGGUUAACCCGUAUCAAAAUAUGACGAUUCUGCUGGCAAUGCUAGUCAUCUUCUUGCUCUCCACUAUGAUUCUGCUUGAAAUGCGAUACAAAAAUAAGAUGAAAAAAUGGUUUGGAUCAAUGAAGAGAGCUGCAGUGGCUGGCAAAACAAGCUUUUCUCGGCUGUUCGACCGUUUGUUUAAAGAUAGCGAGCCUGGGUCUCCAGAUAAGCAACGUCUAUUCUAUAGCAAGGAUGUAGAAGCAAAUAGUGAAUGUGGGAGGGAAACAAAGUCCCUCUUGCCAGGAAAUCCAGAUGACAGUCUCAUUAAAGACAAGCCACUGUCAAAGAAAAGACAUAAUAAUUCAGAUCCUGAUUUAUAUCCAUUGCUUCUUCCUGUUCAAGUUGAACCAAUGCUUACUGCUAGAGUUCGUGUUAAGGAACGGCCGAAAACAAUAUCAGUGUUUACUUUAACAGACUUAGGCGAGGAGAGAGCAAAUAAAGCCCCUGUUUUGCGAUCAAGUAGCUUUACCUGCACGGAUUGGCCACUGAAAGUUGCACCUACAGCUAGUAAACAAAGCGAGCCUACUGUCAAACAAAGCAAAUUUAGACGUCGAAAUGCUGUCCAGCUGCCAGAGAUCGUUAUUGCAAGUGCUGGCGUAGAUGAAAACAAUGGUCACUAUAGCGCAGGAAGGGAGCGGUCGGACACUUGUGAAACAGAGCCGGACUCUUGUUUAUCUAGGUAUCUGGAUACAAUUUUAAAAUCCCAUGAAGUCUAUUGCUCUGUGUCUGGUGGGCGCGCAAAGAGCUCACGUAGACGGAGCGUUACAAAGCGGUUACCGGACGAGGUUAAGCGAAGUGAAAGUGUCCAUAUUCAGCGGAAAGCCUCAAUGUUGAUUCUUGCAGAAAGGCGGAAAAGUAUGACAGCUCAAAUAACAGGAUUCGGACAUGCAUUCACGUAUUUAAAUGAAAUAGGGAUGGAUCGGAAACCAGUAGCUAGAAAGAACAUGUCAUUUGGUGUAAAACGAAAAGUUGAAAUAAGGAAACAGCAAAGGACCUCUGACGGAUCCUUGAGGUCUUCAGGUGGUUCAAAUGAGCACCUAAAAGUCCCUGAUUCGUUGCCAGUCAGCGCUGUGUCUCCUGUAGAGAUUCGUCGAUCAAGAAUGUUGCAUCAACUGGCUAUUGAUAUUCCAGAUGAAAAUUCUAAUUGUUUAGUUGGAAAACAAGACAUUUCACCGUUGUACCAAGACAGUUCAAAUUUCGAUGAAAAAGUGCCCAGUGGUGACAGAGGCUCAAUUCAAACCGGAUUUGGUAAUGAAAUUAAACAAAGUGCCAGCUUGCGAGACCCAACUCGAAAAUCGUCCUCUGGUCAUUCUUCACGCAACGCUUGUGGCAAAACUGUUGAACCUAUCAAGAUAUCGGCAUUGAAGAUCUCAAGAAAAAAGUUCGUACCACUAAAGGAUCACGCUGAUGAUCACGUGAGGGGUACAGAUAGAUUUGAUGCCGAAUCAAGGUCUUCAGUGUGUCGAACGCCACUUGGAUCUAUAGAUGAGACUGAAGAAGAUGAAGAAUAUUCAAUAGCAGAUCUCGAGAGAAGGAAAGCAGUUCUCCAAAGGCGGGGAUCUCUCCAGAAAGCACAACAAAACCAUCACUUUAGCGAAAACUUCACUGAAAUAACAAAAUGGCUGCGUCAAAGUUCGCAAGUUUUAAACGAGGAUGACGAAUUAUCAGACGAUGUCGCUUGUCACAAAAAUUCAUCAGGAGCCGCGGUAGUUUUGGCAAAUGAGUUUCAGCUUGAUAGCGAGCAAGAUGAUGCAUAUGAUGCGGAAAUUGACGCGGAGAUCUCGCGUGCAUUCGCGCAAGACAAGAUUGCUGUGACGGCACCAGUCACAGAUGAGUCAACUGUAUCUUCAGAAGGGCCUAAAUCAAGCGAUAGUGGCAUUCGAUCAGGUUUUAGCGAAUACGUUGGGGGUGGUAAAUGUUUGGACAGUAAAUGCAACAAAAAUAGCUUGCAAAAUACCAAAAGACAUGAACCAGAUACCGUCGUGGCUACUAGCACAAAAGGAAGUUUUAUUCCCGUACCGUCGAUUGUAGUUACAUCAAGUAGUUCAAGUCCAAGGUCAUUUUCCAACGCGUUGUUUUUAGAAGAACAUGGUACGAGCGAUGCUGUGCCGCAACGUGUAACCGCGAAGCCGCUCCCUUCUGCUAAUGUCAAAGCGAUUAAAAACGAUAUAUCGUUAGAAGCUAAGCAUUUGGCUUGGGAAACCAGAUCAAACGAAGAGUUUUCCACUGACGGGUAUGACCACAUUGAAAGAGAAAAUAAAAUAUCAGCUGAUGAUAUCGUUCUGGAAAACUCUGCCGCAAGCGAAAAACUAACGCAUUUCCGCAGGUCAAGUAGCUGCGAGUUUGAUUUUGACGCUGCGGAAGCGAACGGUGAUUUGGACAUUACUCGUAUACGGAGUUUAAGAAGAAAAAGUAAAAAGCGGAAGAUGGAAACGAAUUCAUGUUCUAAAACAAAAGCAAAAUCGAAUAAAGAUUAUGACAAAUUAGGCGAAACAGUUUUAUGAAAACAGACAUGUAUAUGAAAGCGUGUAUCUAUGUAUUUUAAUAGACGUUUGGAAAAUCAAAGCUUAUUGGAUUUUAUGCACCCAUGGCACUUGAGGCUGAUCAAUAUAUUUUACGCUGUUAUCCUGUUAAAUCUAACCCUAUAGGCCUUUUUCAACGCCCCUGCUUUUAACGCCCCAUUUAAGCUACACAUAUUAAUUCAAUAAGACCAUUUUCUAUUAGAUAGUCCAGGAAAUCAUGGAGUUUUAUUUAGAAAAUUAAGGAUUCAUAACCUUAUAAUCAUCAUCAUCAGGUACCAUCUUCUAUCAAAAGGUUGGCUACUAUGACCCUCCAACUAUCCCAAAAUCUGAGUUUUGGUUUGUUGUCAUGAUCAUAGAUGAAACCAAGGGGCUAAUAGUAGAGAUGGGCCCCCAGAACCACCUCUACAGUGUUUUUAAAGGGACACCAUCCCUCUUUCCAGGAGUCCUUCCGCCCGAAGCCGUUGACCCCUGGAGUCGUAGCUCAUCCGCCCUCCUUGCCGGGCUCUCGCCGAGUUAGCCGUUGGCCAUACAAUAGGGCUUUCAGAUGUUGGAAAUAUAUAAUCCCAGAAAAUUAUAUUUCCAAAAAUCCCGCAUAUUCAAUGAUCUUAGUAACACAGUUUUUUGACAACAUUUGACUAAAAAAUUGCGACCAAUAAUAAAAAGGAUAGUUUCAAUUUUUCUAAAGUUUCUUAUGAAAAACAGUUUAAUAGGACUUUUUACACAACCGGAUGCAUAGGCGGUCGCUUGGAAGACAUGCUGUCAUUUAAUAGGUAUUUUUGUACAACCACAACCAGGCUAACAAGUGAUGACUCAGAGAAAGAAACCUCAAGAUUAUACUUCCGUCGUAAUGGUGCUUCCUUUGCCCCUACAAAAAAUAGUUUUCAUUUUCGUAUAUCUGAGAAAAAGGCACUUUCUCUUUCUUUUUUUAAGUUAAGGAACUUUACGUGCAGAUCGGUGCAGGCCUUUCCUGUCAUCGUCUUUCUGUUUCUUUUUAAGUACGUAAUCAAAAAUUUUAGUUCCAAGAACGAACUUUUCUGGUUUCAUAGUUUUUUAGUCAUGAGUUUAUCGCUGCCUACUGCCAAUUAGCGAAAUUCGAUAGUUAGCUAGUAGGUGCUGGCCAUUUUCCCGAAUCCAUGGUGACCUAGUUGCCAUGGUGACCUGGUUGCCAUGGUGACCUGGUUGCCAUGGUGACCUGGUUGCCAUGGUGACCUGGUCUCUUACGGCCUGUCUUAAAAGCUUUAGAAAAAAUUAUGUUAAUGACGACUAUAAUCAUUUUACUUUCAUUGACGCCCAAUUGAAAUAAAGCUAGUCACAGCUUUGUAUUAAUUUUUUAAUUAUCAGGUCAGCAAGCAGGAAUGCUGAAAAUAGUAACAGUGUCAUUUUAGAAAUAAUCUUUAUUAUAACUGUCGCUUAAGGUAGGACUUGCCUCCAGUAUUUUCUGUAAUCCGUAAA